UUCAGCACGACGUGAGGGAAAAACAACAUGGAAGGAUUGGUUCUUUGCUCUGCAAACUACACACCCUUGACUCCUCUAAGUUUUCUGGAACGAGCUGCAUUUGUUUACCGCAAAAGAGUUGCCCUAAUUCAUGGAAAUACAAGUUUCUCGUGGGAGGAGUUGCAUGGAAGAUGUGUCAAGCUAGCUUCUGCUCUUUUUAAGCUUGGAGUCUCCCCUGGUGAUAUUGUGGCAGCAGUGGCACCUAAUAUACCAGCGCUGUACGAGCUGCAUUUUUCUGUACCAAUGGCUGGGGCAGUCCUUUCUGCACUUAACCCAAGGCUAGAUGCUGCCACUUUAGCACAACUACUACAACAAUUAGUGGCCAAAGUCAUUUUUGUAUACUCUGACUUCAUUGAGAUUGUGCUUCAAGCACUUAACAUUCUUCAAGAAAAAGACAAGCCAUAUUUUCUGGUCUUAAUCCAUGAAAGUAGCAAUACAAAAGAACUACCAGUAUCAUCACCACCAACAAAGAUUCUGGAUUACCAUACCCUUCUAGAAAUGGGGCAGUCCAAUUUCAAGAUUGUGUACCCGAAAAAUGAAUUAGAUCCGAUUUCGAUAAGUUUUACUUCUGGAUCAACAGGGAAGCCUAAAGGAGUAGUGUAUAGCCACAGAGCUGCAUAUUUGAAUGCAAUUGCUGAUAUUUUCAGAUAUGAGAUGGGAAAAAUGCCUGUUUUUCUAUGGACAGUGGACAUGUUCCGAUGUAACGGAUGGUGUCUCCCCUGGACAGUAGCUGCUUUGGGUGGCACUAACAUUUGCAUAGAAGAAAUCAAUGGAAAAGAAAUUUUGGAUGCUAUUUACCUUCACAAUGUGACACAUUUUUGUGGUGCACCAAUGAUUCUUAGCAAAAUUGCAGAUGCCAUAGCCACAAAUCAACCCCUGUUACCUCACCAAGUGAAUGUAACUGUAGCAGGGGUAUUGCCACCACUAGAAAUUCUGACCAAACUGGAAGAAUUAGGCUUUAUUAUUAACCAUGCAUAUGGUAUGAGUGAAGCACUUGGUCCAAUGAUAUCAAUGUCUAGGAAAUAUCAAGAUGAUUUUUCCAACUCGAAUGAAGAUAUGAACGUGAAAAUUCGCGAAGGAAUUCACAACAUUAUGAUGGAAGAAGUUGAUGUAAAAGAUCCAGAGAGUAUGAAAAGUGUGCCAGCAGAUGGGAAAACUACAGGGGAAAUCAUGUUUAGAGGCAAUGCUAUGAUGUUAGGGUACUUGAAAGAUACUUCAAAAACUGAAGAAGCAUUUGAGGGAGGGUGGUAUAGGACUAAAGAUCUUGGAAUUAAAUACCCUGAUGGGUAUAUACAAUUGAAAGAUCGCGCCGUUGACAUAAUCAAAUCAGGGGAAAAAUUUAUAAGUACUCUUGAAAUUGAAGUUGUUUUGAUUAGGCAUCCUAUGGUUUUGGAGGCUGCAGUUGUAGCACUACCUGAUGAUGUUGUAGGAGAGACCCCUUGUGCUUUUGUGAAGUUGAAAGAAGGGUGUUUUGUUACUGAUGAGGAAAUUAUAAAGUUUUGUAAAGAUUGGCUACAGGAUUACAUGGUUCCAAGGGCUGUAAUUUUUGGUGAUUUACCACUCAAUUCUUCAGGGAAAAUACAGAAAUUUAUUCUCAGGGACAAGGCCAAGGCAUUAAAAUGCCCACUUUCAUAGUGAGUGUCACUUACUACACUUGCCUUGUCGACGCCCAUUGUGCACUUAACGUACGAGACGCCCAAAAGAUUUAGGUGUUUGUUAAAAUUUGGCGUGCAACUUGUUUGGAGCUUAGUUCGUUGAAAUGUUAAUUUGACAUUAAUAUUGUUGAACACUUUAAGGUUUAUUGUCUUGGAAGUGUUUUUAUUGUUGCUAAUCGUUGUUUUGGAAGUUGGACGUAGGAUUGGAUUCUUUGAUGAGAAAUGUAUAUUUUUAGUCGUU